AUGACAGCCCGCCCAUCAGAAGAAGAGAUGGAUGACAAGGGGAGACAACCCCUCGAUUGGAAAUCUCCUGAAGUCCGACUGAACUGUUGUCCGAUUUGCCGAGUUCCAGGGGUUCCCGGUAGAAAGAGCGAGCAAAAAAUAGACGGGCGCUACGACAACAGGGGCAAGCUUGGCUUGCUUGGUUGUGCGAAGCGACCAACCGUGCUCAACCUGGUAGCGCUACCGCACACUGGCAGCCGCUGGGCUUAG